AGCGCAGAAUUCAAGAUUUUUGUCAAACAUAAUAACACUGUUUCUUGAUUCAGAUUUGUUUACAGAUUCAAAGAUCAUGAUUUGGGUCAGUAUUCUUCAAUCCCGGGGGCCUUGUGUUGGGGCAAGGAAACAUGUAAAACAUGCAGGGUGGGGCCCCCCAGGAAAAAGAUUGAAAACAGUGCUAAGGUUAAAGUUGCAUCCCCCACUUAAUUCUGUUGAGGUCUCAAUGUUAACUUCUCCACUGUUUCAUUUGCUAAUAGAAAUGGUACAAUAACAAAAGUAACCCCAACUAAAUGGGACUGCUUUUAAAAAGAAUGGUUUGUGUCUGAUAACGGUUUUUGUCAGCUCAUCUGUCCAAAAACUUGUUUAUUAACUUGAUCUUUCCCUGAACACCAAGAGUAAACUUACAGGAGACCAUGUAGCUAAUUUCAAUUUCAGAGAUUACUUUUUCAAUUUUUAAUUACCAAAUUGACCUUCACAAUGUAAUACUGCAAAACACACACAACUGAAUACUACUAAAAUACAGUCAUUUAGAUGGACAACAAUAAUGUGCAACAACAAUACUCUGCUCUGAGGGAGGCACGUAUUGUGAUAUUAAUGUAAUAUCUUAGCUCAGUAGAUCUUCCAGCCCAGACAGGCUUACAAGACAGACUUAUAAAUUCAAUUUAGAUGGAGAUGUGAGGCUCAGAUCAAUUUAUCUCAUCGACUUGGCUUAUCUUACAGGCUUUAGAAAUAAAACUAGACCACCACUUCAGCAAAGCAGGGAUCCUCCUGGCUGCACGCUGUCAGCAGGCUGCCUCAGGAGUACCACCGCCUGCCACAGUCCCCACAGCACCAGCAGCAGCACCAGCAGCAGCACCACCAGCAGCAGCUGCAAGCUCUGACUACUUUACUGUAGUUGUCGUGCAGGAACAGCAGGUGGCGCACUGACCGCUGCCUCUGCUGACCCUCUGAUGUCGGUCGGUCUGCUGAAUGAGGAGGGAGGAGGGCCCUCCUCUCUCUCCUUCAUCAGAAAUCAUUGGAAAUCUGUGAUCAGAUGCACAGCUGCUUGAUGGCGGCUUUACAAACAUUUGCACAGCGCGUUUCCGGUCCGAGUUAAAAGCCGAAGAGGUCCGGUUGUGACAUUUGAUAUGCUCGAACUUUAGUUUUCAAAGUUUUUUUUCCGUCUACGGUAUAUUUGCUCGGAGUUGAGAAACUUGGUGGCACUUGUGUAUGUGUUCAUUCCUGUGCACGGACGCUGUGUUCGCAGAGGAGUGCUGGCAGACUUGUUGCAGGUCUGGUUGCUGUGCUGCCUGUUGCUGAUCAGCCAUUGUGGACGUCGUGAAAGGGGGCAAGGUCUAGUUCAUGAGCCUGCUGGCUACAGUGUUAGCUGUGUGCAUGAGCUCUGCCGCAUGAACACUUGGAUGAGCCAUGAGGCUGCUUUGCCUGGUCAAAUCGGACUGCCUGCCACCAGGAAUGGACUAGUUUCAUAUCGAUUCAUUUUUUUCCCCGAGGGUUUGUGAACGCACCUUUUUAUUUGCGUGAUACACUUUGUUGUUGUUUUUCCAUGUUUCUGACGCGCCAGCUCCAAAAGAGAGCAGAUAGCUCACUUGUUGCGGAGGUUUGUGAUUGAAUAUCAGAGGACCAGAGGAGAAUAAACCCAGCAGUACUUCGUCUUGUUCUCCUGCCUGCUGGAGGAACUUGUGUGGUUGUUUUCUGUCCUCUUCAUCUCUCCGUAACUCCGUGCGCGCGACUGGGGACCACAAACAGCCGAGCGUCAUGAAGAAGAAGGCAUCUAAGCUGCUCUGGGCUCAGAUCAUCAUCACCCUGUCGUCCUUAUUCUCCCUCAUCGUGUGCAGCGCAGAUGUCCCAGAGGAAGAUGGCUUCAGUGCUGAGGCAUGGCUCCGUAAGUUCGGCUACCUGUCUCAGGCGAGCAGGCAGAUGUCCACCAUGCAGUCGGCUCAUAUUCUGUCCAAAGCCAUCAGCGACAUGCAGCGCUUCUACGGCCUGGAAGUGACUGGAGAGAUGGACCCUGCCACUGUCGCGGCCAUGCGUCGACCUCGCUGUGGCCUCCCAGAUAGGGAACCGGUGGACAUGGAUGUUGGCGUGAGGAAGAAACGCUACGCUCUAACUGGACAGCAGUGGGACAAAGACCACCUCACCUACAGUAUUAUGAACCAACACAUCCCCUCAUCUUUGGGCGAGGAAUUGACGUUCGAGGCCAUCCGCCAGGCCUUUGACGUGUGGAGACGGGUCACACCGCUCACCUUCGAGGAGUUACCUGCUGUAAGCAACGUCAACACCAACAGCAGCCAGACUGAGCUCGCUGACAUCCUGCUGCUCUUUGCCUCCGGCUUCCAUGGUGAUAUGUCACUGUUUGAUGGCGAGGGGGGUUCGCUGGCCCACGCGUACUACCCCGGCCCAGGAAUAGGUGGGGAUACACACUUUGACGCUGAUGAGCCAUGGACACUGGAGAACCAUAACCCAGCAGGUGUGGACCUCUUCCUGGUUGCGGUCCAUGAGCUGGGUCAUGCUUUGGGCCUGGAGCACUCAGAUAACCCCAGUGCCAUAAUGGCUCCUUUCUACCAGUACAUCCACACACACAACUUCUCACUACAUGAGGAUGACAUCAAAGGAAUACAGUACAUAUAUGGUCCUCCUCUCAUCACUGACGCUUCACCAACUUCUCCUCUCGCCCCUGACAACAAACCCGACGAUGACUCCCCGACCUCCGCCUCUCAUCCUGAAGUUGAACCCACCUCCGCUUCUCCGACUGACCCCCCGCCCCAAUCACCCAACCCAACCGACAGCGAUCUGCAUCCCCCAGCUCACCCGGAGCCGAGCCCCAGCCCUACAUCACCUCCCGUCCUCCCCACCUCCGCUCCCACCGACACGCAUCCUGAACCAGAGCCUGUCACCCCGCACGUUAGGAAAGAGGCGCCCCCUCCUCAGCCUCCCCCCCGGCCCCCCGCUCCUCCCCAACCUCCUAAGGUGCCCCACAACCAGCCCCCAAAUAUCUGUGACGGGGACUUUGACACGGUGACGAUGCUGAGGGGGGAGAUGUUUGUUUUCAAGGGUCGCUGGUUCUGGCGCGUGCGGAGGAACCGGGUCUUGGACAACUACCCCAUGCCGAUAUCCGUCUUCUGGAUCGGCCUGCCCAGUGACAUCGAUGCAGCCUACGAGCGCCACGAUGGCAAAUUUGUCUUCUUUAAAGAUGACAGAUAUUGGGUGUUCAGGGAGGCUGACGUCCUGCCAGGAUACCCACAGCCUUUACACGAAUAUGGACACGGAGUCCCUGCACAUAAGAUUGACACCGCAAUCUGGUGGGAGCCCAAUGGAUAUACAUACUUCUUCUCUGGAGACAGAUACUGGCGAUACAGUGAGGAGACUCGCACUACAGACCGCGACUUCCCCAAGCCAAACACAAGAUGGGGCAGGAUCCCUGACUCACCCAAAGGAGCCUUCCUCAGUGAUGAUGGAGCCUACACCUAUUUCUACAAGGGCAAAAGUUACUGGAGGUUUGACAACCACAAGACAGAGGCAGACAAAGGCUAUCCUCGCUCCAUCCUGAAGGACUUCAUGGGCUGUGUUGGAGUCCCUGACCCUAAACCCGACCCGGACAUUGACCAGGAACCAAAAGACAAACCAGUGAAGCCUGCAGACCGAGGCAAAGAUGAGCACAAAGAGCCGGACAGGGGCCAGGACAAAAACCCACCAGAGGACCCAAGCUCCAAGCCUGACAGCACAGAGGACGAGGAGGACAAAGAGGUGAACGUGGUGGUGACGGUGGCCGACAAUGAAUCAAAGGUCAUGACCCUGAUCAUGGUGACCGUCCCGCUCGUGCUCAUCCUGUGCAUCCUCAUCCUAAUCUACGCCAUCCUCAGGACUCUGCAGAACAAAGAGACGCCGAGGGCCUUGGUGCACUGCAAACGUUCGCUGCAGGACUGGGUGUGAGGCGCAGAAUUAGAAGAGAUAGAACGGGUUUUCAUCGUUUGUCUGGUACAGUCGUUGGCGUCACAAAUUUCAAUUAUGGCGCGGUGGGAAGAAGCUUCGACACAGCACUAGUCUGAGAAAGUCGAGGAUAAGUCACCGUUUUUUGGCCCCUGUUCAUAGUGAGAACUUUUAUUGCUCGUGUGAAAUAAUGCAAAAGUGGUAAAGUCGGUGCCUGUGGAGCUACAGUUUCCCUCCUGUGCCUCGUUUAUGUGCCUUCCAAAUGUCUGAAAAAGCACCUCUUUUUCCUUUACAGAUUCCCAUUUAUUCAAUCACAGAAAAAAAAGCCACCUAAUGCUCUGUUUCUAUCAAUUCUAACUGUACUAAGGAGGGACAGGUGAUUUAUUUGUAGUAGAAAUGCAGAAAAGUCGAUAAUGCACAUACAUGAUACACUAGCACACAUAAUUGUCGAUAGACACGGACACAAGUGCUUACAGCUAUGAAAACAAAAAUAGAAAUACAUGCAUAAAUAUGAACAAGUCUUCCAUAUGUUUGACUACGGUGCCUUAACCAAUCAUUUUUACUUUUGUUUAGAACAGAUAAUUUGCACUUUUGAUUGUUUAUUGUUGUCUCAGUUUUUGCUGAGGUGGCUUCACUGCAGAUGUCUGUGUGUGUGUGUGUGUGUGUGUGUGUGUGUGUGUGUGUGUGUGUGUGUGUGUGUGUGUGUGUGUGUGUGUGUGUGUGUGUGUGUGUGUGUGUGUGUGUGUGUCCAUAUAAAGCACAACUCCCUCUGCUUUUAAAACACACACUAGCAGAAGAAGCUCGUCCUCCAACCAGCGCAGGAAUGUCAGACAGCUGUGUGCGUCCGUGACCACCAGUCCCCCACCGAGCCCAUAAUGUCUUGCCCUCUCUCACACACGCACGCACCGUCACAUGAUCUACAAAAAAAAAAAAAAAAAGAACCUAACUGGAUUCAUUUGUCCACACACACCAACGCAUAGAGACCACUUACCCAAACAAAGGCACAUAGAGUUUUUGCACACAGACACACGGGCUCCAGCCUCCCCUCCUCCCACCGCAGCCACGAUAAACUGUUCAGACUGCACCACUAAAAACACAAUCCCAUUGGAGACAUAUUGAUAUACGACUGGUGCCAGGGCUGGGAUGAAAUACGAGUAGAGGGAGGGGGAUUUAUUCACAUUUAACUUGAAGAAAAGUGGGAGAUUUGACCAAUUCUGUCCAUCUAAACUCAGCUUGUUAAGACUAAAGCUCGAGCAGCAGUAUCUUUCUUCGUCUCCUCUUCUGUUCUCAUGCUAAAGCUAAAGAAAACUAAUUAAGUGUACAAGGGAGAAUCCUGCAGGCUAGAGAGGAGUGGGUCAGGGUCUGGUUUCCAUUAAGCCCACAUGCUGCUGGUUUAGUAGUGUCAGGCAUGAGGAGGGGGGAGAGAGGGGAGUUGGGGGGGGGGGGAAUGCAAAAAGGAGGAGGAAUAAGAAACUGGAGAGAGGGGAAAUGAGAUGAAGAGGGAAAGAAAGAGAGAGAAAGAAACCAGGGGAGGCACAGAUUGAGGAGGGGAGGGCUCUGCUUGCUUUUCCUCUCCAGGUUUCUGCUGGAAAGGAGGAGCGAGGGAAAGAGAGAGGAAGGAUUUUGGGGAGGGGCAACGCUGGCGUUGUGCCCACUGACCUAGAUCAGGUCCACUCUUCCUUUUCAAGUCUUGUUUUCGCUCGGCUCGUUGUCAUGAGCUGGAGAUCUUCCUCUGCGACCCCCUCUCGCCCCCCCUCUGUCUUUCUCUUCUCUUUUCCUUUUGUUUUUACAUUCUUAGUCUGUCUUUCUGCUUGAUUUGUUUCAUUGCUGUAUUUACCCCACAUCUGUGGUCCCAAAUGUAUUAAUUUUCCUCUCCACUCCUCUGGAAAGUUAGCCCAAGCGUGUGAAAGAUGCUUAACACAGAGAAAUGUGCAGAGAAUGAUCCUGUUUUUGUGUCCAUCUGUCUGUGUAAAACCACUAGUCACAUGCUGCAUCCAUUACCAGUUGUUUUAGGUUUGUGCCUUAUAUUCUGUUUCCUUGUGCCUUUUUUCUGUGAAUAUUUGGGGGGCAUUGUUUUUUUUAAUAGUAUAAAUAGCAUGAGGGAAAGUUUUUUUAAAAUGUGUUUUUUCUUUUUUUUUUUACUCUCAUUUGUAGUUUUGUAAAUUUUGUUUCUCUUCAUGUUUUCUGUAAUAACAGCAGUAGAUUUUUACGAUAAUGUUGAUGCAUGCGGGGCAUGUUCUGUAAGGCCUUUGCACUCCUGUGUAGAGUACAUUAAGGAUUUCACAAUAAAACUCACAGGUAAAAGCAA